UCCGUAAGUGGCGCCGCACUGCCGCACCGGGAGGCGAUUCUGUGAUACUAGUGUUGUGAUCCGACUGGGAGAGCGCCAUGAAAUUGCUACCGGUACUCCUGGCCGCCGUGCUGGCCGCGGCGCGGGCCGAGCCUCCCUCGUCCGGCUACGCGUACUCGGCGCCCUCGGGCUACAGCUCGUCCGCCUCCGGGUCGUCCGGAGACUCGUCGCUGCUGUCCCCCGGCGCGCUGUCCCACGGCUUCACGCCCAUCUACGCCGCGCCCGCGCUGCUCGCCACGUACUCCGCGCCGUCCGCCCCCGCCGCCCCCGCCCCCGCCCCGGCGCCGUCGUCCGCGUACGGAGCCCCGGGCAUCAAGGUGUCCGACCACUCGAGCGGACUGUCGCAGAGCUACGGCGCGCCCUCCCUCAGCGUGUCCGCGCCGCUCAGCUCUGCGUCCUUCAGCAAGCUGCCGUCCCUCACCUACGGCACGCCCAGCUCCAGCCACGGACCUAGCCACGGCUACUCCUCGGGGCACAGUUCCGGGCACAGCCACAGCCACGGCCACAGCCACGGGCCCCACUACAAGACCUCGGCCUUCAGCUCCUCCUCCGUGAGGUUCCCGCGCCCUCACUACUCCAAGGGACCGUCCUCCGGGUACUCCACCUUGACCACCAGCUACAGCACGCCCAGCUCCAGCCACGGCCACUCCAGCCACGGCAGCCACUCAAGCCACGCUAGCCACGCUAGCCACUCCAGCCAUUCCAGCCACAGCGCUGGCUCACUGUCCUCCGCGUACGGCGCCCCCGCCCCCAGCGUCGGCUUGAGCUACGCCAGCUACGCGCCCGCGCAGAGCUACGCCUACACCGCUCCCUCCGCCAGCGCUAGCUACUCCGUGGCUCCGGCCCUCAGCUACGCCCCCGCCGCCCCAGCGCUCAGCUACGGUGCGCCCUCGCUGAGCUACGCCUCGGCGCUCAGCUACGCGGCCCCCGCCCUGAGCUACGCUGCCCCGUCCGUCAGCUACGCCGCUCCCUCUGUCAGCUACGCCGCUCCAUCGGUGGGCUACAUCACCCCGACCUACGCCGCCCCCGCCGCCACCUACGCCGCCCCCACGUCCAGCUACGGCGUGCCCGCGCUGUCCUCGUCGUCCUCGGCCGACUACGCCAGUCUGUCCUCCGGCCUGAGCAGCGGCGUGUCCUCCGCGCUGUCCGCGUCGCACGGCGCCAGCAGCAGCGGCCUGUCCUCCUUCGCGACCUCCGGCGCGUCCUACGCGUCCGACUCCAGCUCGGCGUCGUACUCCGGCAGCACCGGCGGCUCCAGCUACUCCAGCCACUCCAGCCACCAGGAGCCGCUCGUCAGCAAGCACAUCUACGUGCACGUGGCCCCCGAGGAGCACGAGUCGCACACGCGCCACUACCAGCCGCCGCCGCCGCCGCCCCGCAAGAACUACAAGAUCGUCUUCAUCAAGGCGCCCACCCAGGCCUCGCCCACGCAGGCCACCGUGCGCCUCCCGCAGCAGGACGAGGAGAAGACCCUCAUCUACGUGCUGGUCAAGAAGCCCGACGAGCAGCCCGACCUGCAGGUGCAGCAGCCCGCGCCCACCGAGCCCUCCAAGCCCGAGGUGUACUUCAUCAAGUACAAGACCCAGCAGGAGGCAGCGGCCGCGGGUGCCGUGUCCGGCAUCGCGUCCGGCGUCGACGUCAACUCGGUCUCUGGCGGUCUGUCCUCGGCGGCCCUGCCCACCAUCGGCCUGUCCGCGCCCAGCAGCUCGGGCUUCGACGCCAGCGCCGCGGCCGAGGCGCACCACCACAGCCAGAGCCACAGCCACAGCCACAGUUAUAAGAAUGACGAAUAA